CUGAGUUCUCAGGGUCACGGGUCGCAGACGCAGGACGCAGGUGAAGCUAAAUUAGCAUCGUAAAAGUUGUUCUGUUAUCUUUUAAUGGGGAAACUGAGGAGCAAACCCACCGGGAAAUGGAAAGUGAAGAGGAGCUUUUAACAGGAGCGAGUCAAGUGGCAUGGUUUCUCAUGAAAGCCAAAGUCGCCCUGGCAGUGGCGAUAAUAAAGAACAAGCCUCCAGGUAUGAGUGGCCGAGAGCACGCCGAGGCCUUGGCCUGCAAGCUGAAGAGCCAGGAUGAAAGCUGGAAGAAGAAAGCACAGGGGCUGCAGCAGGAGGUGCUGAGGCUGCAGCAGGAGAUGCUGAUCACCAGGGUGACAAACACAAAGAGCACCACAGAGACAGCAGGUCAUGACAGUGCAGUGGAGGACAAUUCACGGGAUCUGUUUGGUCCAUCAGACCCUCAACCAGGCUGUGACUCAGAGACUCCUGAACUCUUCCUGGAGGAUCCUCAGCCUGCUGUCUCUGUCCCUCAGCUGCCAGUUCCCUCCUGUCACCACGGAGGUCCUCAGGACAAAGUGCUGCAUCCCCAUGUGCACUUCCUCCAGUCACUGUGCGCCCUGCACCGAGUAGAAGGGAACAACAGAGGCCUGGAGGCUCUGUGGUUCAGCCCUGAUGUGGAUGCAGGGUCAGUGUUAGUGGACUCUGUGUGCCAGCUCCUUGAGUCGGUGGUGGCGGCGUGCAGGGAUCCCCCUCCACUGGGACCUCAGGACCUCGUCCUGCAGGCCUGCCAGGUCGCGUCCCGAGCCAUGGACCUCUUCUGCUCUCAGAGGCUGCCGUCUGUGGAGUUCAUGAGACGUGUGGAGGACUCACUGAGGGAGCUGACAGGGAUGCUGCUUCUCAGUAAUCAGCCCAGCAGGCUCCAGGCUGCAGAGAAGCUGAUGGAGUACCUGAUCACACUGGGGAGCAGCAGCAUGUCAAAGUCCUUUCUCAUUCGUCACAUCCUCUCUCAGAUCAGCGCUCUGGCCGAUCAGCUCUGGCAGGCCUUCCAGGGGCAGGAGAGCUCAGGCCUCGACAAGUUUCCCGUGGACCAGUAUCAGAACUCGUGCUACCUGUUCUGGAUCCUGGAGGAGCUCCUGCAGAAAUCUAAGGUACCGUGCAGGGUGGAGGUGGGGUCAGAGCUGAUGGGUUUCCAGAGUCACUUGGAGCAGCAAGUCUUUCUAUUGUCAGAUGAGUUUCCCUUGUUCUCCAUCUGCAUGUGGAGGAUAGGAGAACUCCUCACCUCCACAGAUAAGAUCCCCCAGGUGUAACGAACAGGCAGGACACUUUCACAGUUUGGUUUCUACUCUCCUGUAUGAACAGUGCAAUUUGAAACAACAGAGUAAGGCACUAAUCAGCAUUCAUGGAGCCCUCCACUGUGACAGGAAACACAGAAUGAAUCCCCUGAUUAUAGCAAAGAUAAAGAAUAUUGCCGGAUUUAUCUUUUUGAAAGAUUUGUAGAUUUGUUGCUGUAUUUAAGUUCCUGCAAACCAACAAACUCCAGAAAUGAUUGUUGAUUCAGCAGAGGUUGGUUAAUAACAACUUCAUUUUUGAUGUUUAAUGUUUUAAUCUUUUCCCACUUUUAGUGGAAAAUGUUAUCAUCAAGAAAUGUGUUGCAUGUUUUCAUUUGUGCUCUUGCAUAGCUGCAUAACUGUGUGGGAAAAAAUAAAUCCUAACAUUUUCUUAUAGUUGUUUACUCAUUCUCUCUGACAUUAGAUGUUUCUGUAAUUGAGUAAUAACAGUUGUUUUUUUUAUUGCCGGGAUAAUCGUUUCACAUUUGACAAAAAAACAAUCCCAGAAAGUUUUAUUCUUUCAGAGUUGUAGUGAUUAGUUUGUCACUGAAGUGCUGUUUUUAAUUGAGUAAUGACAAUAAGACUGUCACUGAAAGCCACAAAAUUACUAAUAACUCUUGUUAAGUACUAAUAGUUUUGAUUCCUUCACAAAUUGCUUUCUUUAAUUGAUCGGCAAAGAGUGCUUACAAAGCCCUAUUUUAUUUAUGUAAGUAAUAACUGAGGCUGUUAACAAUAUUCUUCACCAAUAAUAUCAGAGCUACUGAUGAUGUCUGUUUUGUGUUUCCUGCAGAGGUUCAGUGCAGGUUUUAAAAUGCCACAGAAGUGUGACCAAAAGGAUUUUCAGUCAUUUCCAGCUAAUUCACUGUUUUGGGGAAAGUGCUAAAACUUUAUGGAACAAUGUGAUAAAGGGGUUUUGAUCCACACUGGAUUAGUAGCUUUGUGUACAGGUCUUUCCAUGUACAAAGUUGAAUUUGUUUUUGCCCAUUCUCAGUUUGUAAAACUGAGCAACUGCAGUAACAAUUUAAGAAAUCUGUUAUUUUAUAUGGUACAGCAAAGGAUCAACUUUUAGCUUUGGUCUCAGACAUGGGAGGAGCAGGGGGGUCCAAUUAAGUGCAAUGUUCAUCAACAACAAGAAGAAAUAAAAAUACAGGAUAAUAAAGUAUGCCAUUUCCUACUAACCAACACAUCAUUAUGAACCUGGUUUUUGUGCUUUUCAGGUUAAAGGUUGCAGUAAAACCCACAUAUUUAGAGGUAGAGGUACAAUUAUAGUGUAUCUUUACCAAAAAGA